UCACCCCGCGUGGCAGUAGUGGAUACACGCACACACACACACACACACCCGCGCGCUCGUGCACACAGCUGCAUUUAAACUGUAUCGUGUGCGCUCGUGCGUUUGGCCGCUCUGACUGUGCAGCUGCUGAAGGAGGAGUCGCGCGCCCGCAGACUGGGCCAUGGCUUUUGUAAGGACGGCAGUACGGACUGUAAUGGGGUGCCGCCGCCCCCUGGAGCCGCUGUGCCGCGCUAGCGCCCGGUGCUACAGCGUUCAGGCUGAACACACCACAGAGAAAAGCGUCCCCUACGCCAAGACCCUCAAACAGGAGGACACCCACAAAGGACCCACCAAACCGCUGCCCAGAGCCGCCGACGCCGUGGUGAUCGGAGGGGGAAGCCUGGGCUGCCAGACCCUUUACCACCUUUGUAAGAUGGGCAUGACCAACGUAGUGCUGCUGGAGAGGGACAGGCUGACGGCGGGCACCACCUGGCACACUGCAGGUCUGUUGUGGCAGUUGAGGCCGAGUGAUACGGAGGUGGAGCUGCUGGCUCACACUCGGCGGGUGGUGAGCUCGGAGCUGGAGGCGGAGACGGGGCUGGAGACGGGCUGGAUUCAGAACGGAGGACUGUUCAUCGCCUCCAACAAACAGAGACUGGAUGAGUACAAACGCCUGAUGUCGUUGGGUAAAGUGUACGGUAUUGAGUCGUACAUACUCUCACCAGCGGAGACUAAAGAUCUGUACCCUCUGAUGAACGUGAAGGACCUGUACGGUACUCUGUACGUCCCUAAAGACGGAACCAUGGACCCAGCGGGAACCUGCACUACCCUGUCCAGAGCAGCCACUGCCCGUGGGGCCACGGUGAUUGAGAACUGUCAGGUGACGGGGAUCCAGGUUCACACUGAUGAUUUGGGGGUGAGGAGAGUGAGGGGAGUGGAGACAGACUUCGGGACCAUUGAGACUCCCUGUGUGGUGAACUGUGCAGGUGUUUGGGCUACUAAGCUGGGGGAGAUGGCGGGGGUGAAGGUGCCUCUGAUAGCGAUGCAUCACGCGUACGUGGUCACAGAGAGGAUCGAGGGAAUCCAGAACAUGCCCAAUGUGAGGGACCAUGAUGCCUCAGUCUACCUCCGUCUGCAGGGUGACGCUCUGUCUGUGGGAGGAUACGAGCAGAACCCCAUCUUUUGGGAGGAGGUUUCAGAUAAAUUUGCCUUCAGCCUGUUUGAUCUGGACUGGGACGUUUUCAUGCAGCACAUUGAGGGGGCCAUCAACAGAGUUCCUGCACUGGAGCAGACCGGAAUCAAAUCCACCGUCUGUGGACCUGAAUCCUUCACUGCGGACCACAAGCCAUUAAUGGGUGAGGCUCCUGAAGUCCGAGGCUUUUUCCUGGGCUGUGGAUUCAACAGUGCAGGUAUGAUGUUGGGCGGAGGCUGUGGUAAAGAACUGGCCCACUGGAUCAUUCAUGGACGUCCUGAGAAGGACAUGUACGGUUACGACAUCAGGAGGUUCCAUCACUCUCUGAGCAGUAAUAACCGCUGGAUUCGGGAGCGCAGUCAUGAGUCCUACGCCAAAAACUACUCUGUGGUUUUCCCCUUCGACGAACCUCUCGCCGCCCGCAACAUGAGGAAAGACCCCUUCCACCAGGUGCUGCAGGAUCAGGGGUGUUUGUUCCAGGAGAGACACGGCUGGGAAAGACCAGGCUGGUUCAAUAAAGACGGACCUGCACCGGUUUUAGAUUAUGAUUAUUAUGGCGCUUAUGAUGUGAAGAAAAACAGCGACUACAAAUAUAACGAACUCCUGGGCAAAGAGUACACCUUCGAUUUCCCCCCUCAUCAUAACACGAUCAGAGAUGAGUGUAUGACCUGUAGGAACGCUGUAGCUGUGUUUAAUAUGUCCUACUUUGGCAAGUUCUACCUGAGUGGUCCUGAUGCCAAGAAAGCUGCUGAUUGGCUGUUCACUGCAGACGUCAACAAAAAAACAGGUUCUACAGUGUACACCUGUAUGCUGAAUAAAAAGGGCGGGGCUGAAUCAGAUUUAACUGUCAGUCGCCUGGAGCCUGGCCCUGCCCAUCUCCCACUAACUCCAGAGUCUAACGGAGAUGUGUAUUACCUGGCUAUAGGAGGUGGAGUCGCUCAGCACAACUGGAGUCACAUUCAGACGGUCUUGCAGGACGAGUGCUUUAACUGCACCCUGACAGACCAAUCAGAGGACAUGGGGAUGAUUAGCAUUCAGGGACCCAAGAGCCGUGAUUUGCUGCAGGAGGUUUUAGAUGCAGAUCUGAGUAAUGAGGCCUUCCCUUUCUCUACACAUAAAAUAGUGACCGCUGCUGGACACAAGGUGCGUGCUAUGCGUUUGUCGUUCGUGGGCGAGCUCGGCUGGGAGCUGCACAUCCCUAAAGACUCCUGUUUGCCGGUGUACCAUGCUGUCAUGGCGGCUGGAGCCAAAUACGGUGUACAAAAUGCUGGAUACAGAGCUAUCGACUCGCUAAGCAUCGAGAAAGGCUACAGGCACUGGCAUGCAGACCUCCGUCCUGAUGACACACCUCUGGAGGCGGGGCUUGCGUUUACCUGUAAAAUGAAGACGUCUAUCCCCUUCCUGGGUCGCAGCGCACUGGAAUCCCAGAAGGCCGAGGGGCUUCGCCGCCGAAUUGUCUGCUUCACCAUCGACGAGAAAGUUCCCAUGUUUGGUUUGGAGGCGAUCUUUCGUAACGGCGUUCCCGUUGGUCACCUGCGGCGCGCUGAGUUUGGAUACGCCAUCAACAAAACUAUCGGAUACGGAUACAUCCGCAACCCAGAGGGCGAAGUGGUGAGUCCUGAUUUUGUUCGUGGUGGUGAGUUCACUCUGGAGAGGAUGGGAGUUCAGUAUAAAGCUAAAGCUCACCUGAAGUCCCCCUUCGACCCGGAGAACAGGCGAGUGAAGGGCAUCUACAGCUCUGAGUAAAGAUCUGAUCCGGAUCCUGCAGAGACCGACCGGAUCAGAGCUUCCUUCCACAGCGCCGCGAACCACUGGAUCCAGAUCAGGAGAGCAGAUACCGGAUCUUAAUCUGGAGACUCUAAUAACAGAGGAAACAUCCUCCCCACCCACCUGCUGUUCUACACUGAUUUAUAACAUCCUGAAUAUCCGGGAACAGUGUGAGCUGAGUACUGAGCCACAAAUCUGACCUUUAUUUCCCUCUAAUUUACCUACUGACAAACCUAAAGGAGUACUCCGAUGUAAAAUGGGCUUUGUGUAGUAAAACAUGUUAGAGAAAUUUUAACAGUUUGUUCAAACACCCUUCAGACUUGGUGACACGGGGCAUAAUUUACCAUGAUAAAUCACUUUUUACACCGUUAUCAGAAGAACCUUAAUAAAAACACUAUUUACAUCCUAUAACACUACUAGCUUUAGCUCCGAGUGCCGCCAUCACUGUACUGAUAAUGACAUAGACAUAUAUAUAUACAUAGACUUAAUGUACUGUAUAUAUGCCCCCAAAGUGGCCGUUGUAAAGAGUUCUGGGCAAAAAGCACUGGAUCUCAGAAAGCUGCUGGAGAACGAGGGUGAGCUAUUCAACAAACGUAAGAACUUUUUAUCAUGUUUUAUUAUAACAAAAGUCCAUUUUACACCGGAGUUCUCGUCUGAAUCAUCAUGUAGUAUUUUUAUAAAUGUGUUAAGUCACAAAUGUUCUAUUAAAAAAACUUGAGUUAAUUAAUAAAGACUGUAAUUUAAUGGUACAAAAUAAUAAGGAACAUAUUAUACAAAAUAUACAAAAAUAUACAAAAUUCUGAGCUUGAAAAAUAUUUUUCCUUUCAGCUGUUUGUCUACAGAAGUAUAAUGUAUUAUUGAGUUAUUGCUGUAACAGUUUACCAGUUUUUUGUCAUUAUUAUCACUUUAAAACCUCUCAAUCUCAAUUUGUUUUUCAUAUUUGCAAUUUUUUUUACAUAAUGUGAAUCUAGCAGCUGUACAAUAGUCUGUCCAAAUGUCAUGAUUUAAGUGAACGGACCAUCAGAAUGCUCUUAAAGGAUUAAAAUAAAAUAUUAAUACAUUGACAA